GUCGCGUUUAUCACGCAUUGCGCAGACGCGCCCCGGAUCCGCUGGGCGUUUGUGCUGCUGGCGGGCUACAAUCAGCUGCUAGACGUUAAACUACACGAACUCCAGAUGUGCAGAGGCUCGAGCAAUAGUCAAAACCUCUGGAUUAUAUAGAGUCUUUGCUCAUACUCGGAAGUGCACUGCAAAUCAAGGACUUCUGAACCAGACAUCCAGCAUCAUCCUCCACUCUGAUUCAGAAGUAACAUAUUCAUUCUACUCGUCAUUUCCUGUGUUGUGAUUGGCUCGUCUCUUCCCCUUCCUCCGUUCUCAUUGGCUAUCUGGGAUUACAUCGUCUGUUAGUGCCAGUCCCAUUAAAGCAGGUGAAAACAUGGAGCCCAUUUACGCCACAGGGAUGGCCGCGAAGCUGCGGAGUCAGUGGGACCGGGAUGCGGGUUUGGGUCAGAACCACAAUGCUGUGAAGCUCCUGGGCCAGGAUUACGAGUCACUGAGGGCCCAGUGCCAGCAGACCAGGACCCUGUUUGAGGACCCUCUGUUCCCAACCAGCACUUCUUCACUGGGAUUCAAUGAGCUGGGUCCACGGUCCUCCAAGACGCAUGGUGUGCGGUGGAUGAGACCGACGGAGAUUUGUAUGCGUCCCCAGUUCAUCAUGGAUGGAGCGACUCGUACCGACAUCUGUCAGGGAGCUCUGGGUGACUGUUGGUUGCUGGCAGCCAUCGCGUCUCUGACUCUAAACGAUGACCUCCUGCACCGCGUGGUGCCACAUGGCCAGAGCUUUGACGGCGGAUACGCAGGAAUAUUUCACUUUCAGUUCUGGCAGUUCGGCGAGUGGGUGGACGUGGUGAUUGACGACCGGUUGCCCGUGAAGGACGGGAAGCUGUUGUUCGUUCACUCGGCGGAGGGUGGAGAGUUCUGGAGCGCUCUGCUGGAGAAGGCCUACGCCAAGCUGAACGGCUGUUAUGAGGCUCUGUCGGGCGGCAGCACGUCUGAGGGCUUUGAGGAAAAGUGUCCUCCUCAGUGUCUCUACAUGCUCAACUUCUUUCGUGGUGCUGAUCUCUUCAGCAUCAUCGGCCGCGCCAUCGAGAGAGGAUCGCUGCUGGGCUGCUCUAUAGAUAUCACCAGUAAGUUUGACCAGGAGGCGGUGACCUUCAAGAAGCUGGUCAAAGGUCACGCAUACUCCGUGACCGCAGUGGAAGAGGUGGUGUACAGGGGAAACAUGACUAAGCUGGUGCGCAUCAGGAACCCGUGGGGUGAAGUGGAGUGGACGGGAGCCUGGAGUGACGACUCUCGGGAAUGGGACAAUGUGGACCGCUCUGUCCGAGGCAGAUUACAGAACCGCAGUGAGGACGGAGAGUUCUGGAUGUCGUUCAGUGACUUCCUGCGUGAGUUCAGUCGGCUGGAGAUCUGUAACCUGACGGCAGAUGCGCUCCAGGCGGGUCAGGUGAAGAAGUGGAGCACGUCGCUCUAUCAGGGCGAGUGGAGGAGAGGAAGCACGGCCGGCGGAUGCAGGAACUUCCCAGCCACAUUCUGGAUCAACCCUCAGUUCAAGGUGACCCUAAAACACCCGGAUUCUCCCGGCCAAUCGGAUUGCAGCUUCCUGGUGGCGCUGAUGCAGAAGGACCGCAGAAAGAAGCGGAGAGAAGGACAGGACAUGGAGACCAUUGGAUUCGCCAUUUAUGAGGUGCCAAGAGAGUUUGUGGGGAAGUCAGGUGUUCAUCUGAAGCGGGAUUUCUUCCUGACUAACGCGUCCAGCGCUCGCUCGGAGCUCUUCAUUAACCUGCGGGAGGUGAGCUCACGCUUCCAGCUGCCCGCCGGCGAGUACAUCAUUGUACCCUCCACAUUCGAGCCGCAGAAAGAGGCCGACUUCGUGCUCAGAAAUGAAGUGUCAGACAGAUCACACGUUCUGAGAGCUCAACUCUGUUGUGUGUCUUUAUGCACAGAUAAAGAUUUAAAGACGGACGGGUUUGGAAAGGAGUCGUGCCGAGGCAUGAUCAACCUCAUGGACACGGACGGCAGCGGGAAGCUCGGACUCACAGAGUUUCACGUGUUGUGGGAAAAGGUUAAACGCUACCUGCAAAUCUUCAGAGACCAUGACGUGGAUAAAUCAGGCACUAUGAGCUCUUAUGAGAUGAGAAGAGCUCUGGAAGCAGCAGGCUUUAAGCUGAACAAUCAUUUAUUCCAGCUGAUCAUCCUUCGGUACACAGAGGAAGAUCUGUCUGUGGAUUUCGACAACUUUGUCACCUGUUUAGUGCGUCUGGAGACCAUGUUCAAGACCUUCAAGACGCUGGACACAGACGCUGAUGGAUUCAUAUCGCUCACGUUCUUUCAGUGGAUUUCUCUGACCAUGUUUGCCUGAAAUGGACACAGAUUUUCGCCGUUCGUCUGCACUGAGUCCGUCUUCUCAUCUGUAGUCCUGCCAUCUGAAGAAGAGUGCCUUCAUUUUUAUACUUCUGUAAUGCAUUUCUAUGGGAUAAACAGCCUUAAUGAUGCAACCCUGUUUACAUAGUCCACAUGCAAAACACUGUGCCAAACGCGUUUCUAAAGCCAAGAGAAAAACAUUUACAGCAUGUUUUUUUAUCAUUUCUGGAUCGAGCUGCAUGCAUUUCUCCAGAUGAAACUCUUUCUGUGCCAAAUGAAUCAUUGCCAAUUUCAAUCAUUCUUCAUUUUUAUCGCCAUAUUUUAUGAUCAUGAGCUGCAUAUCUUUCAGUGAAUGUCAUAUCUUAAUGCUGUUCGUAUAAAGACCGCUGUAUUAGACAUGCAUGCGCUGGUGAUGCUGUAGAUCGAACCUAGCUUUACUUACUGAAGGGGAUUUGGUUUAGACUGAAUUUCAUGCAUGCAGCUGUUUUAUUGGACAAACUGAGAUGUACUGAAAAACCAAAGGAUCUUUUAACAAGCCAAAAGGGACGUACACUUUUUAAAAAUGCCAUAUGCAUUCCUUUAGUUCUGUUUAUAUGAACAAUGCAAAACAUCCAUUUAAUACAAUCUAGAAAGGAGCAACAGAACUGGGAACAGAUUGAAUCUGAUUUUCAUAUAUACGCAGAACCAUGAGCUUUAACAAGACGGCACUUUUCUUUUAAUCGAAAGAUGAGUAUGAAAAAGUGGAGGAUUUUCUUUUUUUCCCCCAAUGCCAAGCAAAAUGUUUUGUUUCUUUUCCAGUGUUGAUUCAUUUAUGUGGGUUUUCAAUAAACUUUCUUUUAAAGUA